UUUUUUUCCAUGUAAAAUCAUUAUGUUAAUUCUAUUUAAAUAAAACCAGUGAAGGUAAUGUCAAACGUUAAGAAUACCAGCUUCCUGUGAAAUGUGAAAGGAAGGAAGGAAGUCAGCACUGAUUUGAGAAAUACGAUUGUAACAACAGGUCCAUUCCUAAAUGAGGCAAAUCUUGGAAUCACUUCCAACUUAAAACCAUUACUAUGCACCAAGCCAUGUGCUGGACACUGGGACAAAAGAUGAAGCACCUCAGUUUACAUAUUACAGGGUGUAGCAAACAAUCAACAAGUCAUAAGAUAGAUAGGAAGCAUUGUGAGUUAAGUCAGUUGGUUUCUAUUAUACCGGUAUUUCAAGAAAAUUAUUUAACCUGCUGACUUUAAGAUCCUAAGUGUCUUCUCCGUGUGUCACACAGGAUAGACCUCUGAAAAGUGGCAUAGUUACUUCUGGGUUAAUGGCUGUGUUUAGCCAAGGCAGGAUGGGGGGAGUUUCCCCAUGCUGACAUAAAGGGCUAUUCACUCGGAUUCACACAUUCUCUCCUAGACUGAAUUGCACAACUCCUAAAACCCAUCCUACAGAAAUUUUGGAGUCAUCACUGAUUCCGUGGCAGCCCCUAUCUAAUAGAGUGGUGAAUGUGAAUUAUCAAACGUGGAACAAAGGAUACCGAAAGUUGAGGAAAAAUGGUAACAUUUUCGAGUAAAUAACCGUAAUGUGUGUUCUGCCUGCCACCCUAACUGGUGCUCAUUUGGCAGGUCAGUUGCGUUUCUUGGAAGCAGUCCUGCCCGGGAGAGGAAGAAUCUCUCUCAGAUUUUAGCCUGGAGGAAGACAAGAUGUCGGCCCCGCCUCAGGAGUUGACUGACACUUUGGCUCCCUUCCUGGACACGCGUUCAGCUCAAGAGCUGCCUCCAGGGCCAGAUGGGUUUGCUGUUCCACAUCAGGAUCCGAAUGACAAGCUGACUGGACAACAAAGGCUCCCGGAGGUGGUUCCAGUGCCAGGCUCAGAUCAGACUCAAGUCGUAGCUCUGCCUCCUCAACUCAGAAGUAGUCAGAGUUCAAGACCAGGAAGGUUUAUUAUUUCACCAAAGAACCUGAAGAAUGAUCUAGGUCAGCAUCGACGGCUUGCUAAGGUGGUUCCUGGAACUUCAGAUCAAUUUACAUCAAAACCUCAGCAACAACCACAAACUCUACAGGAUGAUGCUUAUCUAGAUCCAAGUAUGGGUAUAGUUUAUCCUACUGGUCCACCUCUGGAAUUCCCAGAGAACUUCGUUGAGCCUCCAAGGCCCCCUGAACUUUCUCAAUUCCACCUAGGGGAUGAAACUCAAAAUCCAGAGACCCCUGAGGAGAUCCGAUCUUCUUCACUCCAGCAAGAAGCCUCAGAACAAUCCCCUGAGGAGGUAGAACCUUCUUUAACCCAGCAGGAGGUCCCAGCUCAGCAGCUACCUGAUACUGGAGAGGUUGUAGCUCAGCCAUUAACACGUGAUGAAGUAGAUGUUCCAUCUACAAGUCAGACUGCAGCUCAGCACUCACUCUUCUCCAGAGUCACAGGUAAACCUGUGGAUCUGGAGCUUACAGUAACUCCAGAGGCAGGUACCAACAUUGAACCUGCUCCAACUCAGCAGCAGGCCCCAGCUCAGCCUCUAGAGCACCCUGAGGAGGUAGAACCUUCCUCAACCCAACAAGAGGCCCCAGCUCCUGAGGAAGUUGAACCUCCCUCAACCCAACCUCAAAGACCAGAGCUCUCUGAGGAGGUGGAACCUUCUGCCUCCCGGGAGGAGACCCCAGCUGAGUCUCCAGGCUUUCCUGUGGAGGCUGAACCUUCCCCGAGUGAACUGGAGCAGUCAGCUCAGCCUUCUGAGUCUCCUGAGGAGAGUGAAACUUCCUUGACCCAGCAGGAGGCCAUAGCUCAAGCUCCAGAGUCUCCUGAGGAGAUUAUCGUUCAAAUGCCACCAAAUUAUGAGGUGACAGUUCAACCUCAUCAUUAUAAUUUGCCCCAUGUUACAGUUAAACCUCCGGAUGUGGAGGUUACCAUCACUUUGGAGCCUACCAAGAAGGCUGACUCUUCUGCAGCCCAGCAGGAGCAACAAGCUCAGUCUCCAGAGCAUCAUGAGGUAACAGUUUCUCAAGUUCAGCCUCCAGUGUUACACUAUGUCGCUAUAAAACCUGUGGAUCAUGUGGUUACCACAACUCCAGAGUCCAUGAAUGAACUUGAAAUUCCAAGCCAACAGGAGGCCCCAGCUCAGUCUUCAGUGGUCCCUCAGCAGUUUAAACCUUUGAAAGGCCAAGAAGAGGUUAUAUUUCAGCAGCCCAACUUCCCUGAAAAGGAUGAACAUUCUCCAGUGCAUCAAGGGGUCCCAACUCAGCCUGAAGAGCUUCCUGAGGAACCAUCUCCAAGCCAGCAGGAAAUCUCAGCAUUACCUCAAGAGCCCCCUGUGGGUAUUGGACCGUCUCCAGGCCAGCAACAGCACGCAACUCAGCCCCCAGCAUCCUAUUCGGUUUUCAGUCCGAUUGGUGAUGCAAUUACUCUGUCACCUCUAGAUCUGUCUAUGAUUUUCAGAGGUCCUUCAGUGUUGCCUAAAACCACAGUUAACCAUGUGGAUUUGGACAUUACCAUAACUACAGCAGAGCCCACUACGAAUGCUGAGCCUUACCCAGUCCAGUGGGAGGGCACUGCUCAGUCUACAGUUUCCACUGAACAGGCUGAAUUUUCUGCAAUCCAGUCUGAUCCCUUUGCCCCACUUCAUGAUCCCCCUGAAAUGUUUGAGUCUUCUGUAGCCCAGCAAGAAGCCACAGCUCAGCCUCCAGAUCACCCUGAGGAGUUAAUACAUUCUCCAGUCCAACAGGAGGCCCCAGCUGAGCCACCAGCGUCCCCUAUGGAGGUUGAACCAUCUGGGACCCAGCAGGAAGCCUUGGGCCGUCCUCCAAAGUCCACUGAAGAGGUCAGACCUUCUCCACCUCAGCAGGAGUUUCUAGCUCAGCCUCCAGAGCCGCCUAAGGAGGUUGUAGCUCACUCUUCAGUGAAUUAUGAGAUGCCAGUUCCAUCACCAGGUCAGGAUCAAGCCCAGUAUCCAACAUUGCCCACUGUCACACUUCAGCAUUUGGACCUGGCCCUUACCAUAACUCCAGAACCCUCUACGGAGGUUGAACCUUCUCCAACCAUGCAGGAGACCGCAACUCAGCCUCCAGAGCCGCCUAAGGAGGUUAUAGCUCCUGCGUAUUCUGCGAUAACAGUUCCAACACCAAGUCAAGCUCAAGCUCAAGCUCAGCAUCCAGCGUCACCCAGUGUCCCAGUUCAACAUUCGGACCUAGAGUCUACCGAGAGUUCAGUAUCCACCACGCAGGCUGAACAUCCUGUUGCCCUGGAGAAGCCUGUAGCUCCACCUCCAGACCAGGUUCAGACUCAGCCUCCAAACCUGCCUGAAGUUACAGUUCAACCUUCUGAGAUGGAUUUUACUGUAAAUUACAUCUCAGAACAGAAUGCCCCCACAUAUGCCACCAACAUAUGUGAGCUCUGUACCUGCAAAGAUGAGACAAUGUCGUGUGUUGGUCUCAGCCCAAAGAAGAGGCUCCGCCAAGUGCCUGUGCAGGAGCCUAAUGCCUAUAAUGGCACCUUCACCAUCUUAAAUUUCCAUGGAAAUGCUAUUUCUCACAUUGAUGGGAAUGUAUGGAAAUCAUACCCUUGGACUGAGAAACUAAUUCUCAGUGAAAACAAUUUGACGGAAUUACGCAAAGAUUCAUUUGAAGGCCUCCUAUCCCUCCGGUAUUUAGAUUUAUCAUGCAAUAAAAUACAGUCAAUUGAAAGAGGUACAUUUGAAACCCUCCCGUUUUUGCAGUUUGUAAAUCUUGGUUGCAAUUCACUGACAGAAGUGACCUUUGGAACAUUUCAGGCUUGGCAUGGAAUGCAAUUUUUACAGACGUUAAUUCUCAAUCAAAAUCCUCUGGCCACUGUUGAAGAUUCAUAUCUUUAUAAAUUGCCAGCAUUAAAAUAUCUAGACGUGGGAACAACACAAGUCUCACUUACAACAAUUGAGAACAUCCUCAUGGAAACUCUUGAGUUGGAAAAACUGAUCUUACCUAGCCGUCUGGCCUGCUGCCUCUGCCAAUUUAAAAGUAAUAUUGAGACUGUCUGCAAGACAGUGAAGCUACAGUGUGAGAAUGCAUGUCUGACAAGCACCACAGAUUGUCGUGAAGAAGCAUCUCUAGGGAAUACAGAAGGAUCGCUCAUGAAGGUAUUACAAGCCCGAAAGAAGCACACCAGCACUGAGCUGACUAUUGAGCCAGAGGCACCCUCGGAUAAACAUGGCAUCAGCUUGUCAGGCUUCACGAACAAGCCGCUGGACUUCAAUGACGAAAGCGAUGUUAUUAGUGAACUAAAUUACAUAUUGCCUUACUUCUCAGAGGGAAAUCUAGAAGAUGUAGAAUCAACGUUAUUACUGUUCAUUAAACUGCUUUUUUCAAACGAACAAGAUGGAGACAAGCCCCUGAGUCAUCUGCAAAACAAUAUAAAGACCCCCUCUCUUCAACCUGCAUCCAACAAUCCAAUGUACACAAAUAAACUGAGGAAACUCUAUUUCCUGAAAAAUUUAUUACAUGCAGAAAUUCAAGAAAAAAUUGAUGAGGUUAAAAAGAAAGAAAAAGCUACCAUGCUUAUGCAGUCCAGCCGUUUAGGUCCCAAAUUUAAACGCCAAAUCUUUCCCAAAAAAUUGGAAACCGCUCAACCACAGGAAAACAGCCUGGCAGAGACUGAGGGUAUAGGGAAAAGGCGGCAGAGGAUGAAGAUAGUCCUCAAGGGGCCCAAGGGCAUAAGGAAAAAGCUCUUAGUAGAGGAGAGAAUCAGGAGGAAACAGAGUGCCUGGCCAGUUGCAAAGGAAAUUGCCGAAGCGAGAAGGCUUGGGAGACCAGUCCCAAGUGAACUGGAACAGCUUCCCGGAGUGCAGAGCCCCAAGAAGUUUGUGGGAAGCUCCUUGCACACCAAGCCUUCGUUCACGCAGGAGCAUGAGGCAGCUGUCUCUUCUUUACUGCAACAGGUCUCGGUGGGCGUGCCUGCUGCUCCCACCACUGCAAAACCCCCACCUAAGGUUAAAAACAAAUCAAAAGACUUGACCGACACCAUUUUUGUUUUAGAAGACGCAAAUGCUAGAGUUAAAACUAUGGAGGCUGCUAAGCCAAUCGUACAUUCCAGAAAAAAAUACCGCUUUCGUAAAACUCAUUCCCAUGUGGCCCAUGGGACACCCAAGGGCAAACUAAGUCAAGAGGUCAAAACGGAAAGUUUGCUCAAAAGACUGGUGUUUGCAAACAGGCCUCCGUUCUCUCCAGUCAGGAGCCUCAUCAAUUCCCCUUCACGUGAAGCUUUUUCAUCUUCAGGAGACCCGAGUCAUCAGGAGAAUCCUUUUCCAGAGUUAUUUUCCCUUUCAGAAGUUUCUACAGCACACAUUGGUACAUCCCCUGAAGGAAAUGCAAAGAUUUCUGUAGCAAGCACUGCUGUGCCCGAAGAAGCUGUCCCUGAAAGCCCAACCUAUGAGAAUCCUUCCACUGCAGGGUCCACUGGGGCUGCAUUCAACAUAAUGCCAACGGUUAAAGAAGCCAGCGACACCCAGUGGGAAUACCACAACACCGGCACUGACUUCACCCCCAUGCCCCACGGCUUUAAUUAUCCCGUGAGCUCAUCCCCAGGUGAUCAGUUUGAAAUGCAGCUAAACCAGCAGCUACGAUCCCUCAUCCCCAACAAUGACGUUCGAAGGCUCAUUGCUCACGUCAUCCGGACUUUGAAAAUGGACUGUUCUGAGAGCCGUGUGCACUUGGCCUGUGCCAAGCUCAUCGCUAGAACAGGCCUCCUGAUGAAGCUUCUCAGUGAGCAGCAAGAAGUGAAAGUAUCCAAGGCAGAAUGGGACACAGAUCAAUGGAAAACCGAGAACUAUAUCAGUGAGAACACAGAACCCCAGAGCGAGCAGAAAGAGCAGGAGUCAAGUGAGCUCACUAAAAAAGUUCCAAGAUAUGGCUAUAACAACAAACUCAUCUUGGCAAUAUCUGUGACUGCAACAGUGACGAUUUUGAUUAUAAUUUUCUGUCUCCUUGAGAUUUAUGUUCACAGGGGAGGAACACAGGGAGAACUGGAAGGAUCCUCGAGGAGGCGCUAUUUCUGCGGAUGGCAACCACUUUGGCUUAGGGAUAUGUACAGACCUCUCAAUGCCACACGCCAGAAAAAUAUGGCAGAGAAGCUACACGACAAGGAGUCUUCUGAUGAGGAGGAGAUUUUCCACAAGAAUGCAGGGGAGCUCACGGAAGUUGUGGUGACCACACCGGUGGAGUCAGCUGAAGCACCGGAGGAGGAGGAGGAGGAGGAAGCAUAGUGCCCCAGCCUGCCUCAGGCAGCCUGUCAAUAAAUUCUCUAACACUGGCUUCUCA